UAGCCUUUUUCCGCAGGAAAUUCAUGUACGUUAAUCGUGUAGCGUCGCUAGCAUUCUUUGACAAGCUUCUCAUUUAGCUUUAAUCACUACGUUGACAGCAUAUGGUCGCUUCAAAUAAUAAUUAAUCUUUAUCUGAACUGUUUCUCUCUUUGAGAGAAGGCAGUGAAACAUUCAGGAUGGAUCCAGCUCUUCUGAAAGAGCGAGAGCUCUUUAAAAAGAGAGCUCUAUCUAAUCCUGCAGUUGAGAAGAGACAAGCAACCUCCGAGGCCUCCGGAUCCUCCAAGAAGAAAAAGAGCAGACCAGACAAAGAUACAUCGUCCUCCAAAAACAACACAGAUCCCAGUAAUGGCUCCUUCAAUCUCAAAGCACUUUCCGGGAGUUCAGGAUAUAGAUUUGGAGUUUUGGCCCGAAUUGUCAACUACAUGAAGACAAGACACCAGAGAGGAGAUACUUAUCAUCUGAGUCUAGAUGAAAUUCUGGAUGAGACCAAGCUGCUGGACAUUGGCAUGAAGCAGAAACAGUGGCUUAUGAGUGAGGCAUUAUCAAGUAAUCCUAAGAUUGAUGUGCGGGAAGGGAAAUAUGCCUUUAAACCCAAGUAUCAUCUGAAGGAUAAGAAAGCUCUGCUAAGACUACUGGACAAACACGAUCAGCUGGGACUAGGAGGGGUGUUACUGGAUGACGUUGAAGAGGGUCUUCCCAACUCUGCCAAGGCUAUUAAAGCACUUGGAGAUCAGAUUAUUUUUGUGACCAGGCCAGAUAAGAAGAAGGUUCUAUUCUACAAUGACAAACACUGCCAGUUUGUUGUUGAUGAAGAGUUCCAAAAGCUGUGGCGCAGCGUUCCUGUUGAUUCCAUAGAUGAGGAAAAGAUCGAAGAGUAUCUGAAGAAACAGGGCAUAUCAUCCAUGCAGGAGACAGGGCCAAAGAAAAUGACGCCCAUUCAGAAGAGGAAGAAACCUGGAACACAGAGAAAGAGACGGUUUAAGACUCAUAAUGAUCAUCUUAAUGGAGUACUGGAGGACUACUCUGAGGGAGUUCCCUCCAAGAAGUGACACACACACACACACACACACACACGGCUGAAAAGACAAGACCGAUAUCUGUGUGAUGUUUGUAUUUCUGAUCUAACGUCUUAUUGCCAAAACCAUAAAGACAUGCAGACACACACACACACAUUAGAACUGUACUGAGUGACAAAAAUGUGAACAGACUGUAAAUAUUUUGUUUUACUUUUUGCUAGUGCUUUAAGCAAUGAUUAUUAAGCUCUUCUUUUUUUUAGAUUUAAUGAUUAAACAAGAGCAAUCAAACCACAUCUAUUGUUUUCUUUCAGAGUUGUUCAUAUUUAAAAAUGCCUUCAUAUAUGCAUAUAUCAGUACAAAGUGUCUUGAAGAAUACUGUUCUGUUUUAAGAAUUAAAGACUUUCAAGUACUUCA